AAAUUCAUUUCAUAUGUUUUGAAUUAACAUGCAUUUUGAUGUAAUUCCUGAUUUUUAAUUUCUUAUAAAACAGAGAGAGAUUAAAAAAAAAUCGAAAAGAAAAAAUAUCUGAGAAAAAAACAGAAUCAUGAGAUGAGAAUGGUCCAGAAAGUAUUGUCCAGAGAAAGAGGUUGGAUUGUUAGUGGAAGGUGUUGACUAUGGAGAGAAUGCUACGACGUUGACCUUUGUGUUUAGAUAGAGAACACGGAAACUAGCGAGUGCAGUGCAGUGGGGUGCACCAAGAUCGCUCCAUUUCCAAUCCAAACUGUAGAGUGCAGAGAAAUGGCGGAUUCGAUUGUUGUGUUUCUGAUCGACAAAUUGACGAGGUUGUUGGUGGAGGAAGCCAAACUUCUCACCGGCGUGCGCGACCAAGUUACGUCGUUGCAGAGCGAGCUCAGGUUCAUGAAUAUCUUCCUCAGGAACUCCUCCAAAGGGAAGCGCAAAGAGCAUGACAUGGUCGCGGAGCUCGUCAGCCAGAUCAGAGACGUCGCGCACGAGGCCGAAGACGUCAUCGACACCUACGUCGCCUGCAUCAUCAAGCAAAGCCGGAGAAACGUGAUCGGGAAAGUCGGUUUCCGCGGUGUGGACCACGCGCUCAUGCUUCACCAGGUGGCUGUGAAGGUCGACGGGAUCAAGGCCAGAAUCAAAGAGAUCUUCGACAACAAAGAGAGGUACGGCAUCGAUGACGGAAAGAGAGGCAGCGAAGAGGAAGCGGAGCGGAUUCGGAGGCAGAGGAGGGAGGUGGAGGAGGAAGAGGUGGUAGGGUUUGCGCUGGACUCCAAGGUUGUGAUUGAGAAACUCACGGUGUCGGAUUCUCGUCUUAAAGUUGUUUCCGUCGUCGGUAUGGGUGGUUUGGGAAAAACCACGCUUGCUCGAAAGGUAUAUAACUCUAACCGAGUGAAGAACAUGUUUCCUUGUCGGGCGUGGGGUUAUGUGUCUAAUGAUUAUCGACCAAGGGAGUUUUUCUUGAGCCUGCUCAAGUGUUUGAUGUCCACGUCCAAGUACAGUAAUUUGUUCAAGAAAAGAGAAGAGACUAGUGUGAGUGAUGAAGAGCUGAAGAUGAAGGUGCGAGAAUGCUUGAACAGAAGCAAGUACUUGGUGGUGGUGGACGAUGUUUGGCAGAAACAGGUGUGGAAUGAGGUUAAAGGGGCAUUUCCUGAUGAUCAAAAUGGAAGCAGGAUAUUGAUGACUACUCGUUCGGCUGAGGUGGCUUCUCACGCUGGUCCUGUUCCUCCCUACGCUCUUCCUUUCCUCACCAAAGAAGAAAGCUGGGAGCUGCUUUCCAAGAAGGUGUUUAGAGGAGAAGAUUGUCCUUGUGAUUUAGAAUCCCUGGGAAAAUUGAUCGCUGAUAGCUGUGAUGGGUUGCCACUUGCCCUUAUUGUGAUGGCAGGGAUUUUGGCUAACAAGAAGUCACCGAGGGAUUGGUCUAGAAUCAAGGACCAUGUGAAUUGGCAUCUUGGGAGGGACAACACACUGAAGGACAUACUCAAACUCAGCUAUGACUCCUUGCCCGCGAGGUUAAAGCCUUGCUUUCUGUAUUUUGGCAUGUACCCUGAAGAUUAUAGGAUCCCCGUGAAGCAGUUAAUCCAGUUAUGGAUAUCCGAAGGAUUAUUAACACAAGAAACUUCUGGAGGCCAAGACAUACCAGAGCCGGAAUACAUUGCGGAAGAGUACUUGGAUGAACUGGUGGAUCGAAGCUUGAUCCAAGUGGUAAGUAGAACCAAUGAUGGGGGUGUCAAAACAUGUCGGAUUCACGAUCUUCUUCGUGACCUUUGCAUAUCUGAGAGCAGGGAAGACAAGUUUUUCGAGGUUUGUGGAGAGAUUGAUAUUCAAAACCUCAAUAGUUGUCCCCGUAAGUUGUCUCUCCAGGGUACUCUUUUUCAUUUCUCUUCGAGUAUCGUAUCUGAUUACACCAUCUCGGCGACGCGUUCCUUGUUAUGCUUUGGGCAAGAGGUGUACAAGGUUAAGGCAAAUCACUGGAGAUGGCUUCUCAAGAGCUUCAGGUUGGCUCGCGUGUUGGAUUUAGGACGAAUGAAUGUUAACUCAAUACCCACUGAUUUGGAGAAGCUCAUUCAUUUAAGGUACUUGAGAAUACACUCUCAUAAUCUUGAAACUAUUCCACCUUCUAUAUGCAGAUUGUGGAAUCUAGAAACCUUGGAUUUAAGAGGUUCGCCUAUAAAAUCCUUUUCUGGUGAAUUAUGGCAACUUAAACAACUAAGGCAUCUUCUGUUGUUUGGACCCGUUGGGCUCCCAGAAAUGCCCUCAGAAAGUAAAACUAUGCCCAAUCUUCAAACCCUCUCAACCGUGGCUCUUGAUCCUCGCACAGCAUCGUUGUUGGAUAGUCGUAGAUUCCCAGGGAUGACAAAAUUGGGUAUACAUUACGAAAGACGUGACAAGUGCAAUGCUAAAAUACAGUUACAGAGUCUCCAUCGCCUGAGCCAUCUCCAGAAGCUGAAAGUGAUAGGCACUACUGAGAUUCCUCAAAAUGCAAAUGUGUUUCCGUCGAACAUCACCAAGAUAUCCCUCACAAAGUUUGGUUUCUUCAACUCCACUGUCAUGCAUACGCUAGGAAAGGUUCCCAACCUUCAAGUUCUGAAAUUGUCAUCGCAGACGAAUGAUACUAGAUUUGACCUGCAUUGUGCCACGGGAGGGUUCCUUCAGCUUCAAGUGUUUGAGAUGAUUGCAAUCAAGGUCAAAAUGUGGAGAGUAGACAGAGGUUCAAUGCCACGUGUUCGUCGUUUGGUCGUCAGAAGCUGCAAAUCCUUGACUCAGCUUCCAAAAGAAGUGUGGUCUUUGAAUACCUUGCGGGAAGUGCAGGUCUUGUGGCCCUGUACAGAAUUAGCAAAAGGACUCCAAAAUUUGGUGAUGAACAAUGCUUGUAAGCUCGUCGUCUAUCCUCUCUCAGCAAAUGAUGAAUUAGAUUUUCUCUAAAUCAGUGGCUAAUUAGUUCAAAUACGCUUCAUUUUUUUCCUUGGUUCAUAGAAAAGUGUAUUAUUGUUAUAUUGUCACAUUGGUCCAAACUAUACCACUGCAGAAUCGGAAGUAAAUGAAUAUAAGAUAAGUUAAGCAGUUUCUUAGCUUUCUUAUCUGAAGGCCCACUUAUUCACAGGUGACACCUUUUCCCUCA